AGUUGCUGAAUUCAGACAUUUUCAACUUCAAUAUUUUGAUACCAACUUACACUAAAUCACAGAAUUACAAUAUUUUAUAGGAAAUUAUGUACCCCAAAUUUGAUAUUUGUGUAGAACAUCCCCUUAGCAUAUUGUGCAAGUGUACAGACUAUCAAGAAAUAGCAAAUAAAUUUAGAUCUUAUACAAUUGGUACAGAACACUAUUUACAACCUAAAAUAAAUGUAGAACCAAUUGCUUCAGCAAAAGUUCUGUGGAUAAAAAACCGUAUUAAAUUAAAUGAAGAUAUUUCAAAACCAAUACUUCUUUAUCCUCGAGAACAACCAGAUAUCAAUGCAUCCAAUGUAAAUAAGAUGUGGUUACCUAUUACAUUAAACUUAAUACCGCUAAAAUUUAUAUACAAACUUUAAGCUUCUGUAUAAUUUAUGACAUAUAU